AUGGGUCCUUGCGACCUCCUGGCGGGUCCCAACAAUGUCUCGUCAGGGUCUCGGCAACAUCUUGACCAGGUCCUAGUGGUGUCCUGGUUGGGUCUUGACAACGUCCCGACUAAGUCCCGUAAGUUUCUCAACGGUGUCCCGAUCAGGUACCAUUUUGAUGGAAAUACCAGGAAGUUUUUUGAGGGUUGGUACUUCAAGGUGUCAAUCCCAGAACGGAGGCAGAGCUUCUGCUUUAUGUAUUCUGUGGAGAAUCCUGCUUUCUCUAAGAAAUUAACGGCAUUGGAAGUGGCACUGCAUGGACCAAGAUAUACUGGAGUUGGGGCUCAAAUUCUUGGCGCGAAUGACAAGUAUAUUUGCCAUUACUCCCAAGACUCUCACAACUUUUGGGGAAGUAGGCAUGAGCUAACACUGGGGAAUACCUUUAUUGCCGAAAAGGGUAUGAAGCCUCCAAACAAGGAGCUCCCUCCUCAGGAAUUCAGUAAAAGUGUGCUGCAAGGUUUCCAAGUCAGCCCACUUUGGCAUCAAGGUUUCAUUUGUGAUGAUGGCAGGUCAAAUUAUGUGGAUACUGUGAAGACUGCACGUUGGGAGUACAGUACCCAGCCAACCUAUGGCUGGGGCAAUGUCGGGUCCAAGCAGAAGUCCACUGCAGGCUGGCUUGCAUCCUUUCCUGUAUUUGAAUCCCAUUGGCAAAUAUGCAUGGCCAGUGGACUGUCAACAGGUUGGAUAGAGUGGGAUGGUGAAAGGUUUGAGUUUCAAAAUGCCCCUUCAUAUUCUGAAAAGAACUGGGGUGGAACAUUCCCAAGAAAAUGGUUUUGGGUACAAUGUAAUGUAUUUGAAGGUGCUAGAGGAGAAGUUUCUCUCACUGCAGCUGGUGGGUUGAGGCAACUACCUGGACUGACUGAGACUUUUGAAAAUGCUGCACUGAUUGGAGUUCACUGUGAUGGAAUUUUCUAUGAAUUUGUGCCAUGGAAUGGUGGUGUUAGUUGGGAAAUUGCUCCUUGGGGUUACUGGUACAUGGCUGGGGACAAUCAGACGCAUAAGGUUGAAUUAGAGGCAACAACAAAGGAUCCUGGUACAACACUGCGUGCUCCAACAGCAGAAGCUGGUCUUGCUCCAGCUUGUAAAGAUUCUUGUUUUGGUGUUCUAAGAUUGCGGAUUUGGGAACAAAGAUAUGAUGGCAGUAAAGGGAAGAUCAUAUUGGAUGUUACAAGUAACAUGGCAGCAGUAGAAGUGGGAGGGGGGCCAUGGUUCAACACUUGGAAGGGUGAGACCUCUGUGCCGGAGCUCAUUAGUAGAGCUCUUCAAGUUCCCAUUGAUGUGGAGAGGAUUUUUGGUUUUGCCCCAUUAUUUAAACCCCCUGGUCUAUAGCAACUUGGUUACUGAUUUGAGUAAUGUUGUAAGGAGGACCUUGAGUCCUUCCAAAUAUGAUAUGUUAUUUAAAAUUUCUAAUAGAUCAAAAUUCAAUAAUGAUAAUUUCAAAUUCAAUAAUAAUUUUAAAUCU